UAAUUAAUACAUUGAAGUCAUAAUUAUGACUUAAUUAUGUCAUAUUUCAUAAUUAGGACUUAAUUCCCAAUGUUAAAUCCCAUAAAUAUGAAUUUAGCUCAUAAUUUGACGUUUUUACCUCUUGACUUUUUGUCUCAUAAUUUCAACUUCGUAUUCAACAAUAAUGACUUAUGUCCUAAUAGUGACUUUUUAUGUCGUGAUUUUGACUUUUUUAAAUCUCGUAAUUAUGACAUUUAGCUCAUAACUAUGAAUGUAUCUAAUAAUUUUGACUUUUUGUCUCCUAAUGUGUACUCUUUACACCAUAAUUACGAUAUUUUAUCUGGUAAAUUCGACUCUGUGUCGUAUUCAUGAUGUUUUUAUCUUGAAAUUCGACUUUUUCUCAUGCUUUCACUUUUUGUCUCAUAAUUAGGACUUUUCAGAGAAUUAUGACUUUUUAGAGAAUGUGAAAAGUGAAGGAUUUGGGGGCCAGUUUGGUAUUUUGUUUCUAAAAAGCUAAACUCAAUCCAACAACCUAAAAUGUCCAGAGAAAAAAAUCAUAUUCUAUCCAGGAAGAUGUUGCAACUUUACAAGAAUACUCAUAAUAUGAGAACCAAAGUAAAAUUGUCAUCUUUGACGAAUGAUGUUGGGGAAAAAAGGAACAUGCAUGCAAUAAAGUUAAGAUAUUACAUGAAUACAUAUUCAUUACACGAAAGGAAAAAGUACAAAGAUUAUUUUAAUAUUAGUUGAAACAUUUUGCAUUGAACAAUUAGAAAUAAAACGGGGAGGGAAAAAGAGCGAAGAUGAUAGGGAAGUUGUUUGGAAAAUUAAUAUUUUUUUCACGUCCAACGUCAUCAGUACAGAAAAAACGUAAAUAUGUUUCAAUAAUUCACCUCUCGUAUGCUGUAUUUUCCGUUUUUUUGCUUUUAUAUAUUUAGUAUCUAUGCAGUCGGCUACAUAAAUAGUAUUUAUGUGCAGUAUGUGCUGUUGUUCGUUUGAUCGUUUUUAUUUUUAACGUCUGAAACUUGAAUGUCCUCACUGCGGGUGUAAUUGACAACAAAAUAAAUAAUAACUCAUUAUUUUAGAAAUAAAUGCCGCAUAAAAAAAAUACGAAAAGCCUUUCCAGGCGUACUUUAUAUAUUGUUUAAAAAUGUUUAUCAGAUAUAAGUCCAACUGUCCUUCCGGUCGCCUGCUUUACGUUUACUUAUAUUGACAGCACAUUAAUAUGCAAUUUAAUUCAUGUUUGUUUGGAGUGUAAAAUGAUGUAACGAUGAUGGAAAAAAGGGCACCAAACAACAGAAACGCCGUAAUUUCAUAUAUGGGCUCAGUGAAAAUGGACGUUUCAAUCAUAACCGUAAAAAAUGGUUUAGUUUUGUUUCGCAAAAGCAUGUUUAUUAAUUAAUAAGACGUUCUCAAGCAAUGAAGCAGCGAAAUAGAUCCAACAUGGCCCCGGCCCCUUAUUUAAGAGGCGGGUUAAUAACUAAGGGGCGGGGCUUAAAAUAACAACAACACCCAUUGGACCGGGUGUUCGCAUAUUUGUCGACGUAUGACGAAGUCGACCAAUCGGCGUUGUCACAGCGGGUCCACGUACUGCGGUGCCCAUGGCAACGAAACGCUGACGUAUCUUCGCUACUGAGAGAGUAUUAUGGUCUGUCGGGAAUUCAGAGUAGCUGGGUCUGGAGGUGGAGGCAAAGAUCUGCCUCGCUAGCGCUAGGAAGCUAACGGUAGGUUGCACUGGAGUAAACAUGGAGCUGUCUGCCGUCGGGGAAAGGGUGUUCGCCGCCGAGUCUAUCAUCAAACGUAGGAUAAGGAAGGGGAAGAUCGAGUACCUCGUCAAAUGGAAAGGCUGGUCUCCCAAAUACAGCACAUGGGAACCGGAGGAGAAUAUUCUAGACGUCCGCCUGUUUGCCGCCUUUGAGCAGAGGUACGUGACCCGUGCUCGUGAGCGGAAACUUCACCGUAAAAUGUCGUCAUGCGCACUUUGCCCGGCUGACAUUUCACACCCGUUACCGAACAGAGAACGCGAAAGGGAGCUGUACGGGCCCAAGAAGAGAGGCCCGAAACCCAAGACCUUUCUGCUCAAGGCUCAGGCCAAAGGCUCCGCCAAGUCUUAUGAGUUGAGGCAUGAAGCAGUGCGAGGAAUGCACAUCGCCUACCAGACCCCAGAGCCUGCUGUGACCCCGAGGGCCAGAGAGGGCCUGCGAGCUGUCGUUCCCACCAUUUUCCCACCCAGCGCUGUUAACCGAGGAGACGCCGUACACGUUGGGGCGCCGGCACUGCCCCUUGAGCACCACCAGGCCCUGCGGCAACCCAACACUGGCAAGAGAGGCCCAAAGCCCUUGCAGUCUCUGCAUUCCAGCAAGAGAAAAACCGAGGAGCAUGCCGGCCACAGGCCUCACAAGUUGCUGAAUGUUCAGAACGGUGAAGGUAGGAGGUCGUUUUGCCACAAAUACCCUGAGAACCACGGCCAUAAACUCCACCAUAAUCGUCAUCAUCAUCAUCGGUCACACAAGUGGGGAAUGAGCCCUGGGGGGGCCUACAAGCAGCCCUACUCCCACCGUGACGCACACAGGACUAAGAACUGUUACCUGGCACCCGAACACUCCAAGCAGCAGCACCCGCCCGUGGAGAAGCCUUACUUCCUGGACAGGCCUUCCCCGACCCGGCUCGAUGACGACUUGGACCAAGUGACGUGGCGGCCUGCUCUGCGCAGCGUGGAGCAGGUCCUGGUGACGGACGUCACCACCAACUUGCUGACUGUCACCAUCAAGGAGAGCAGCACCUCCAAAGGCUUCUUCAAGGACAAGAGAUGACGUGGAAGGAUUCAGCAUCAUCCAGUGUCGGGACUCAAACCUUUUGUUCUGAAGACCCUGUAAAGUUGAAGGAUUUGAUACUUUUUGUACAUUUAAAGAUGCUAAUAGUAAUAAGCAAUUCAAUGUAGGUACUAAGCUAUUUGAACAAAACAUCCUAGAUUUGUCUUAUAAAGCCAAUUAGUUUAUCAGUUAUCAUUUCUAUGUUUAGAAUAUGUUGAAGGCUUUUUAAGGCCCCUGGGCUACACAAAGCAGAAUAUGUCAUGUACAUAGAUAUAUUUGUACAUACAGGUUAAUGUACUUACCACAAUUUACAUCAGGAUUUAUUUUUCAAAAUUGGACUAAAAUGAAAAUGUAAUGUUUUUCAUCCCUUCUUUGUGUUUGUAUAGUUUGCUAUAAUUUAAAAUGUUUACACUGUGCCCUAACGGCUUCCUUUUUUGAGGUUCUUUCAAAAUAAAAUGUCCCUACACUUUGUGAUGAAAAGUUUGAAUCUUUUUUUUUAAGUCUGGAAUGCAAUAUACAUUCAUUAGACUAACAAAAUGGUCUUGAAUGCUGAGAAAUUACAUCAUUCUUAAAGGUUUUAGAAAGUAUAGCUAUCAUUAAAAUGAACGAUAUAUAUGUGUAUGAUUGUAAUGUAAAUUAUAUGUCCAGACUUUCGCAGAUGCCGAAUAUUAAAAAAACCCAAACAUUUGUAAAUUGUAUGAAAAUCCUAACU